AUUCCAUGCUAGUUUCCAUUGUUGGAAUGGCACUGUACACGGGCUAUGUGUUCAUGCCUCAGCACAUCAUGGCAAUAUUGCACUAUUUUGAAAUUGUGCAGUGA